AUGAAGUUCGCUCUCAUAUUGGUCGCAGUGGUCACACUUGCAUCGGCCUUCGAUUUCCCCGAAGAAUGGAAAGCCUGGAAAGAGAAAUACGGCAAGAUCUACGAUGACGAUAUAACCGAGCUCCGUCGUCACGCCAUCUGGCAGGCCAACAAGAAGUACGUGGACGAGCACAAUGAGCACCUUGCCCAGCCCCUCGGCUUCACUCUCGCAAUCAACGAGUAUUCGGACCUGGACUCCGCCGAGUUUGCCAAGCAGCUGACGGGGCUCAUCGGCAACCCCACGGUGGAUCCGAGCGUCAAGCGUCACACCGCUACCCCAGGCGCCAUCCCUGACAGUGUGGACUGGCGUACCAAGGGGAUCGUCACACCGGUAAAAAACCAGGGCCAGUGCGGCUCCUGCUGGGCCUUUAGCGCAACUGGAGGUCUGGAGGGACAGCACGCUCUCGUGACCGGUAAUCUGGUAUCCCUGAGCGAGCAGAACCUCGUGGACUGCUCCCAAGCUCAGGGAGAUGAGGGUUGCAACGGUGGGUGGCCUUUCUGGGCCUUUGAGUAUGUUAUCACUAACGACGGUAUCGACCUGGAGAAAGACUACCCAUAUGUUGCCCGCGACGAGACCUGCCGCUUCAAGGCAGCUGACGUCGGCUCCACCUGCAGUAGUUAUGAGAUGGUCACAGAAGACAGCGAGGUAGCACUGACCGAUGCAAUUGCCAAUGUUGGUCCAAUCUCGGUGGCAAUCGAUGCCUCUCAUGCCAGCUUCCAGAUGUACAGCAGUGGAAUCUACUACGAGCCAUCCUGCUCCACUACUGAGCUGGACCAUGCAGUUCUUGCCGUCGGCUAUGGAUCCGAUAAUGGCCAGGACUACUACAUUGUGAAGAACAGCUGGGGCGAAACCUGGGGGAUGAAAGGCUACAUCGACAUGAGCAGGAACCGCAACAACAACUGCGGCAUCGCCUCCAAGGCCUCUUACCCUAUCGUCAAAUCUUAG